AUGUCGCAAUCGCAGACACCUUCAGCAGCUUGCUGCAACACCCCAGCUGUCGUCAGCAAAGGCUACAAAGAGAAAGGCAGUUACACCACCGUCGAUGGACUGAAAACCUAUACUACAGGACCCUCCUCGGCAAAGAAGGGGAUCCUGGUCGUCUACGAUAUCUUCGGUUUCUUCCCACAGACGAUUCAAGGCGUCGAUAUCCUUGCCUACGCGGAUAAAGACCACCCAUACCAGAUCUUCAUGCCAGACUUUUUUGAAGGAGAGCCAGCAGACAUCUCGUGGUAUCCACCCGACACUGAAGAGAAAGGCAAGAAGUUGGGCGAAUUUUUCCAGACGAAAGCUGCUCCUCCAAAGACCGUUGAAAGAGUGAAGAAGGUCAUGGAGGAACUAAAGUCAAAGCACCCCCACCUCAAGGAAUGGGGGGUGAUGGGAUACUGCUGGGGUGGUAAAAUUGUCAACUUGGUUUCUCAGGCCGGAACGCCGUUCAAGGCAGCCGCCGCAUGCCACCCGGCCAUGGUUGACCCGAACGACGCUCCCAAUGUUGCGAUCCCCAUGCUCAUGAUUCCAUCCAAAGACGAAGACAAAGCCGCUGUCGAGAAGUACGAGGCCAACUUGAAGGUGCCCAAGCAGAUUGAAUGGUACAAUGACCAAAUCCAUGGCUUCAUGGCUGCAAGGGGUGACUUGGAGAAUCCCAAAGUGAAAGCUGCCUAUGAGAAGGCCUACCAGACGCUGUUGAACUUUUUCAACAAGUACUUGUGA